AGUUUUUUUCCCUAAAAUUGUAAAAAAACACAUGUAAAAACUAAAAUAUGUUAAUCUUAAAAAAAAAACGGAUCUGAAUCAGAAGAGAAUACUCCGGCGGGUUUUGUUAGCGCCAAAAAAUGAAAACGGAGGAGGAAGUGAGUUAACUUCCGAGUUGGUUGGCUGAUUGGGGUUUGAGAAUUGCGUGCUCAAUGUCGUCUCUGAAACCAUCCUAUUCAUCGGAUAAUCUUACGCUUCCGGUAUCGGAUCCUCCAAACGACGAUGACCGAGAGAGGCUUUUGAAGGGUAAUGAUUCCAUCUUCAGAGGUUCCACCAGACGAGAACGAGGAGGGGUCUACGCUGCCAUCUCUUACAUGUCCUGCGCAGUGCUCUUGGUGAUGUUCAAUAAAGCGGCGCUUUCAUCUUACCAUUUCCCAUCUGCAAAUGUCAUCACACUUCUUCAGAUGGUAUGUUCUUGUUGUUUUCUCUAUAUAUUGAGGUGCUGGAGGAUAAUUUCUUUCACAGCAGGUGAAGAAGUAACUAAAGCAGAUAACUCGAAAAACUUUGUGCCUUUGAAGACUUUGAAGCAUACUCUUCCUCUGGCAGGAGCAUAUUUACUUUAUAUGCUAGCCACCAUGGAGUCUGUUCGUGGAGUAAAUGUUCCGAUGUAUACUACCCUUAGGAGGAGGACCACAGUAGUAUUUACAAUGCUUAUGGAAUAUAUGCUGAUGGGGCAGAGGUAUACACCUUCUAUCAUUUUCAGUGUUGGCUUGAUUGUCUUUGGUGCAUUUAUUGCGGGAGUUCGGGACUUGUCGUUUGAUGCCUAUGGUUAUGCCAUUGUUUUCCUGUCAAACAUCACCACAGCUAUAUAUCUUGCAAGCAUUGCCCGUGUUGGCAAAACUAGUGGCCUUAACAGCUUUGGUCUAAUGUGGUGCAACGGUAUUAUAUGUGGGCCAAUUUUGCUUAUUUGGACAUUAGUUCGAGGUGACUUGAAGAUGACAGUCAAUUUUCCUGAUCUGCUUUCACCUGGUUUUAUGGUUGUUCUGCUCUCCUCCUGCAUUCUUGCUUUCUUCCUGAAUUACUGUAUUUUUCUGAACACAACUCUGAAUUCAGCUCUGACGCAGACAAUUUGUGGCAAUAUGAAGGAUCUAUUUACUAUUGGCUUUGGCUGGAUUAUUUUUGGAGGGCUACCAUUUGAUUUUUGGAAUGUAAUUGGACAAUUACUCGGUUUUCUGGGCUCUGGUUUAUAUGCCUUCUAUAAGCUCAUCGUCAGAUAGCUAGCCCAAAUUCUUCAGUUGAUGUCAUCAAUUUGGACUUCCAUUUGCUUUGGUAUCUGGUCUUCACUGUCUACAUCAAAGCAGAAGGUUCUGAAUCGACCUUGGGGCCUCCAAGCAUCUUGUGGUCAAGCUAAUCUAAUUUUUAGGAGAUUUUGGUGAGUGAGAAGUUUACAUUACCCAAAAUUUCCGGUCGUCAAGACAAUGAUUGUACUGUACUCAUUGUAUCUGAUGAGUUGCACUCCUCUGUCCCUUUUUGUAGAGAAUUUUUUGUAGUUUGCAUGUAUUUCUAUUCAUUUGAUUUGUUGGGAUGUAUAAAAAUGUAUUAAGGGAAGGGAGAAGAGAGUAAGGUAAAUAGUUUGAGUUUCAAUUUCAGGAACGAGCAAUCGUUGAAGAGGACUUCAUGCUACUUGAGCCCAUGCUCUCUGGCAUCCACUUGUUCGUUUUAUGUUUUACCUAUCUCCUGCAAAAUUAACUACAAGAAAAUCACAAGUGCUUACAGUAGCUGAUGGAGUGUUAAUUGUA